GAUCAGCAACUAGCACCGUUCCGACCGAAUGAGACCCUCCCUAGCUAAAAAGAGGGAGAUUUUGUGUUUUGAAAGAGGAUGAAAAUCAUCAAGCUGGAUCUGAAUCAAAGCAGAGAAUGUGCAUAGCUGCUUUCCUUUGGAAAUCACACCCGCUCUACCCAUUUCUUCUCUUCCUCAACCGGGACGAAUACUAUGACAGGCCCACGAAGCCUCUGGGGUGGUGGGAGGAGGGCGACGGCGAGAUCGCCGGCGGGAGAGACGGCGCUGCCGGCGGCACUUGGCUAUGCUGUAACACCAGUUGGAAAGUUGCUUUCCUUACCAACGUCCGGGAGGGGGUCGAUCCCUCCUCCUCUCCUGCCAAAAGCAGGGGUGAGCUCCCUGUUCGCUUCUUAAAGAGUAAUAAGAGCCCUCAUGAUUUUGCCGAGGAACUCACGGGAGAAGCUGACCUUUUUGGUGGGUUUAACCUGGUGGUGGUUGAUCUAUGUUCCAUGACCAUGCUUUACAUAACCAAUAGACCAAAGGGCAAAGGUGUCUUAGUUACAGAGGUAUCCCCUGGCAUCCAUGUCUUGACUAAUGCAACAUUAGACUCUCCAUGGCCCAAGGCUCAAAGGUUACGCAGAGGUUUGAAGCUGGUAUUGGAGGAAUACGGGGAGUCCGAAAUUCCGGUGGAGUCAACAGCGAAAGAGCUGAUGCAAGACACGACAAGAGACGAGGACGAAAAUGACCUUCCCGGGAUCCUCUCGCCCGAAUUCGAGUUCCAAUUGAGUUCCAUAUUUGUUGAAAUAGAAUCGCCUUCGGUUCUCUCUCUCUCUCACACACACACACACACACUCUCUAUCUUUGUUGCAUAAUAAUUCUAUAGAGUAGUGAUUUGGUGGUUUAAGGUUCACAUCUAAUUCUAUAGACCUGCUCACAUAAUUUUUACUUCCUAGCCUCAUAAUCUUGGAAAAGACCCAUCAACAUUGCAAAAGAUCAAUCAUUUCAAAUAAGGUCCACAAAAACGAAGUGGACCUAAGACGUACCAUAGUAUUCGCAAAUCUUGAUCUCGAAUGAUUUUUAUGAUUCACAGGGGCGGCGUUUCGGAACAAGAAGCACAUCCGCAUUGGCGGUGAAGAAUUCCUCAGAGGUCGAGUUUUACGAGAGGUCUUAUCAUGUGAAUGGUUUGUGGGAGGAACAAACCAUUUCCUUCAACAUGAAGUUCUUGCUCUGUACUUGAAAAUCACACCAAUAACAAAAGUUGUUGAGGCACCCACCCUUUACAUAUACUGUGCAGUCGGCACCGCAUCGACACCCUGACUUCCCGCCGCUGAUCUCCGCCCCGGCGGGACAGCCGCAGGGGUUGCAGCC